CUAAGGCAAAGAAGGUUAUUCCUAUGUCGUCCUUUAGCUUAAAGAUGUCAUCCUCUUCUACCACCUUAACAGUAGUAGCAGCUCUUCUUAUCCUGUGUAUGUCUAUGCUGAUCAGAGGAUCAGCAGCUCAGUUGGAUCCUUAUUUUUACGAAGAGACAUGCCCCGACGUGUUUGGCAUCGUCGAAGAUAUCAUCGAACAAGCAUCACAGACGGACCCCAGAGUCGGUGCCAGCCUCAUUCGACUUCAUUUCCAUGAUUGCUUUGUCAAUGGUUGUGAUGGAUCAAUUCUGUUGAACAACAGUGCUACUAUAAAAAGUGAGAAAGAUGCCAUACCCAACAAGGGCUCGGCUAGAAGAUUUGAUGUUGUUGACACCAUCAAGGCUGCUUUAGAGGAUAGAUGCCCUGGUGUAGUCUCUUGUGCUGACAUUCUCGCAAUUGCAUCCCAAGUUUCUGUGGUCUUGGCAGGAGGUCCUUCAUGGUGGGUUCUACUUGGAAGAAGGGAUGGUUUAACAGCAAACCAGAGUGCAGCCAAUACUACAAUGCCAAGUCCCACAGAUCCACUCUCUGUUCUCAAGGCUAAGUUCGCAGCCCGUGGCCUUGACACCAAUGAUCUUGUUGCAUUGUUAGGUGCCCACACAUUUGGACGUUCCCAGUGUCGAUCUUUCAGUUAUCGGUUGUACAACUUCAAUAACACAGGCAAGCCUGACCCGACUAUCAACUUAACUUACUUGAAGACUCUCCAAAAGAUCUGCCCUGAUGGUGGAGACGGGUCUGCUGUAGCCAACCUAGACCCGACCACACCCGAUAAAUUCGAUAAUAAAUAUUUCUCCAACCUUAAAAAGAAUAGAGGUCUGCUCCAAAGUGAUCAAGAGUUGUUUACAUCAACUUCCGGUGAGAAUGCUCUCUCUGAUGUGAAGAGCUUCAGCAGCAAUCAACACAAAUUCUUUAGGAGCUUUGUUCGUUCUAUGAUAAGAAUGGGAAAUAUCAGCCCGUUAACUGGGUCCGAUGGAGAGAUCCGAUUGAACUGCGCAAGGGUCAAUGAAGAUAAAUCAAUAUUUGACUCGAAUGACGUUUUGAUUAGCUCCAACUAG